UUGGUGAGUGUGGCGCAGGGCUGCUGGCUGGCAUCUCUGGCCUUCAGAAAAGGGAAAUUUGAAUGUGUUAUCGGUUCCUAAUCUGUGGACGUUUUAAUAAGCUUGUUGUAAGUCUUGGAAAAAUAAUACGCUGAAUUUUUUGCAUAAGAUUUUCACAAUGAAAGCUAUUCUGUUUAUACACCUCAUCAGACGGCAUAUACACAGACCCACACAUCAUCCCUGAGUGGAGCCCUGCUUUGUCCGUGCCUCUGUGGUGGGUGGUAGUGCCUGCUGCGAGAAGGCUAAAAAUAGCAAUGAGUCUGCAUCUCUGUCAGAUUGGCUCAUCUUUUAGAGGAGGUCAGAGCAUGAGUAGUCUGGGUCUAAUCUAACCAAUACAGCAGACCAUGUUCUGUCUGUUUUGGGCCAGCAAAUCUGUCUUAAGAGCUGUUAAUGCCCCGACAUGAUCUGUUGCCAAGAUGUGCUUUGCAUCGCCCUUCAGUAUCUGGCUUCGGUAUUCCUAGUUUAGUGUCCCCUUGCUUAUGUCCGUGUUUGGGCUUCUCUCUUUACCCCGAGUGGUCUCUUGCGAGAAGUUUCAUUUCCCCUUCUGCUCACUCUUGUGAAGCACAGUCACUAUUUGAGUAAGAAUGCAGCAAAUUCCUGAGCUCCGGAGCCCAUCCCAUAUCCAUUAAUCCACAUCCCAGUUUCCUCAUGCGCACCCGAGGGAUGCGCGCCGUCCUGGCAUUGGCCAGAGGUGAUGUAAUGCCCUCUACAUAAUGCAUGGCCUUAAGAAAGUGAAAGACCCUGAGUCAGAGAGCAAAAGGCAGAGGAAAUCGAUGUCAGUGUGGGAGAGGGGGAAGCCGGUAAGAGGCACACAAGGCAGUAGACAGUAUUACAUUGAAAGAAAUGGCAACAAACAGUGCUCAGUGGACAAACCAGAGAACCCCACCCAUGGUCAACGUAGUAAGUGCAUGGAGAAGAUCUGAUCCAAAACCGCCUCAGGAUGUCGAUGCCUGGGGGGACUGUUGCACCUCGUGCCACAUUUAAUUUUCUUUCAUUUAGAAAUUGCUGCUUCUUCACUUCACUGAUUUACUUGACAUCCAGGAAUCUGUGAAUGUGGGGCACCACCUAGGCUAAACAGUGCCAUGACUGCUUGUGAGGACUGCCAACCAUUUUUCACCCUCCAGCUUUUCUUAGCCUAGCACAGACAGCGAUGGUUGGCACGACAAGCAGCGCCUCUUCAGUUGCCUGAUUAACGGCGUCGUCUUAAACAGCUCUUGUUUGUCCUGGAAGGGGUUCUAGCCUUCGAGGAGCAUCACUUUUGCCAGGCUUCCUCUUGGCCCCAGACAGCAGAUGUUCCAUCUGUGUUGCCUUGAGGCCUCCGGAUCCUCUCCUUCCCAGGCUCACGCACAUAAGGAAUCCGUCUGCCUGCUCUGCCCCUCCACCUCCUCUCUGGUGCGAAGCCUGUGGAGGUAAUGGAGGGCUUGGAGGUUGAGGACAUCAGUCCAGCCCUUGAGGCCACCGAGGACUACUUGCACUGCCUGGACAGCGGUCAAGAGGAUGGACAACUGCGACCGCCCAAGCUGAAAGAAGUUUCGACUCUGGACAAGUUGAGCUCCAGUGGGGUAUGGGGUUUGCUUACUGGGGAGCAACCAGAGAUAUCACCUCGUAACCUAGCCUGGGCAGAACAGUCCUCCUCCUUCAGCGUGCUUGGCCUAAGGAAUGGGAAGAGGAACCGUGCCCGCUCUACCAACGAUCUGGCAGCUCAUGCCAAGGACGCCAACUCCACCAACACUUCUGGUGGGGGAUUCAAGCGGGGGCACAACAGAUCACGCUCGGAUGUCAACUACCGAACCUUCACAGAUAACGGCGUGCCAGCUGUUGACAAGAACACACUCAAGAACAUGGCAUUAAAUGACCAAAGGGAAGCCAACAAGGAGGGUAGCCCCAGCCUGGUCAAGCAGGGCAUAUUGGAACAGAGGGAGGGUCCGUGGGGCCGCUGGAGUGCCUGCCAUGUGGAGCUCACGCCCUGCGAGCUGCGGCUCUAUUGCCUGGACAGCAGCGGGAACAGGCAACUAUGCACCGCCCUGUCGCUGUCGCACUGCCAGGGUGUGGGCGCACCGCACCCACAGGACGGCCGCGUACUUCAGGCGCUUUUCUUCAACAGCACCCGUCUGCAGCUGCGCGCCCCCUGCCAGUGGGAGGCGCUGGAGUGGCGCCGGCUCCUCUGGGAGCGCGUCCUGGCCGCCCGUCCCUCUAACAGUCAGGGGGAACCUCCGACCCCCCACGAAACGGAUCUUGACUCCAACUCUGCUGUCCCACGUCCACCGGUCCGUCCCACGGCCCUGCCCCUGUUCACCCAGCGCUGCGCUGACGUCCUUAAGGCGGGCCUCCUGUACCAGCUCAGCGACCUCAACAACUGGAGCACCUUCACCUUUGUGCUCAGCCGCACUCAGCUGCAGGCUUUCCCCACCGAGGGCCGAGGCCCUGUCCAUGAGCCGGUUCUGCAGUACCCUCUAGCAUCCUGCCUUGCCGUGCAGCGGGACGAGGCUGAUGGUGCCACCUGCGCCCGCUUCCAGGCCAUCUUCCCAGACGAGGUGCUUCGUCUGCGGGCAGAGAGCGAAGCCAAAGCCCAGGACUGGGUGGAGGCCCUGCGCACAGCUGUGGCUGCCCAGAGGCCGCAGGGAGAGAGCAGCCACCAGCUAGCGCCCCCUGGAGUGCUGAUGAGGAGCAAGCCAACCCGGGAGCGGCGGCAGAGGGAGGCCCAGCGGGCUAAACGGCAGUCUGUCACCACCAGCUUCCUCAGCAUCCUCACCUGCUUGGCUGUGGAGAAAGGCCUGACAGCCCAAAGCUUCAGAUGUGCAGGAUGUCAAAGGCCGGUCGGUUUGUCACGAGGUAAGGCCAAAGUAUGCUGCUACAGUGGAUGGUACUAUUGCCAGAGCUGCCACCAGGACAACCUCUUCCUCAUUCCUGCUCGACUGCUGCAUAACUGGGACACAAACAAACAUAAGGUGUCCAAACAGGCAAAGGAGUUUCUAGAGUUUAUAUAUGAGGAGCCCUUGUUGGAUGUGCAGCAGUUGAACCCGUGCCUGUACGAGCAUUCAGAACCCCUGGCCGGCGUUCUCAAACUGCGGCAGCAACUCCAGUCUCUCAGGGCUUACUUAUUCAGCUGCCGUGCCACUGUCGCAGAGGACCUGCGCCGCCGGAUUUUCCCAAGGGAAUACCUCCUACAGCACAUUCACCUGUACUCGCUGGCUGACCUUCAGCAGGUGAUCGAUGGCAAGCUAGCUCCCUUCCUCUCCAAAGUGAUUAAGUUUGCCAGUUCUCAUGUGUACAGCUGCAGUCUGUGCCGAGAGAAGGGUUUCAUCUGUGAGCUCUGCCAAAACGGCCAGAUCCUCUACCCUUUCCAGGAGAAUGCCACCAAGAGGUGCGAGGGCUGUGGAGCCGUCUUCCACGCUGAGUGUCGCAUGCGGGCGCAGCCUUGUCCUCGCUGCGUUCGCCGAGAGCUGCACAAGAAGCCUUCUUCCUUCUGGAAGAAACACAGCCACUGCGAGAACGCAGACGACGACCUCCUGAGCUGCUUCGAGCUGGACACCUGAGCUGGGCAGCCUCCACCCUCCAGCUGUUCCAGCUGCUCCAGCAGACCCGCCACCAGCCCAGAGCUGUUGCUUCUUGUGCAUCUCUCUGUGUGUGCGCAAGACUCCAUGAGUGUGGAGCCCUGCGGAAGAGCACUGUGUUUGCCGACAAGGAACAGAAGGGUCUUUUUGUUUUCCUUUUUCAAUCGACUCUCUCCAGAGACUCUCUUUCCGCAGACUCUUUCUCUCUCUCUCUUUCCCCUCUUGCUCGCUCUCACCUGAGAGAUGGAUACACAGAGACAAUACUUCAGUCCCUGAAGAGGAGAGGUUUCAUAAUGAUACCAAUUUGCCCUCGCCUUUCAUCUACCAAAUGACAGCUGGGCCAACCGACAAAUGCAGACAGAGUGGAGUGCGCUCACAUACUGGCACACGUAAACACGCUCUUGUAGUCUGACAACAAAUAACACACUUGGUGGUGGGGUGGGGGGCCCAAGGCCAAUAAUUCAAGCAAUUUUCUCUACACAAAUAAAACAUCUAAUCCAUUAACAAGCUGUGCUAAAAUCAGACAUCCUGGCUACUCUCAGAUUUGGAGGUACUUGGCACCUUCUACUUAGCCCUACGAGGGAUGAGUCGAGAAGUAUUAUCCUAGACUCACUUUAUGAGUAAUUAUGGAUGGACAUCCGGAUAUUCUUCACCACGUUCCUUCACAACGUCUUCAUACUGUCAGUCUUUUGCACCCCAGAUAAACCAAUGGAUGAUGGAGAUGGCUCAAUGUCAUAAAAACAGAGGAUUGAGCCUUCACGAACCCCACCUGUUUCGAAAGGGAAUUCGUAUUGAUGAUAGAAUCAUGUUAAUCAUCAAGACAUAAUAGGAUAAUAAUAAUCGGAUAACAAUCAAGGAAAAUUUCGGAAUGAUGGAGACGUUAAGAAGUAUGUUCCUAGAGUCACUUUAUCAGUGACUAUGGAUGGAUAGAUCUUCCUCUCCACAUUCCUGCACCAUCUCUAUGAUUUUUCUCUUCACCUUGUCAGUCUUUUGCACUUCCCCAAACAAAACAAUACAGAAAAGCUCAAUGCCAUAAGGGUUUAGGACUGAGCCUUGAGGAACUCCACCUUUUUUCAAGGAAAGUAUCAUAAAUUAUUAUCUUGUAAAUGGCUAUAUCUUGUAUAUAGCUACAUCAUGCAGACCUAAGAAGCAAAUGGCAGCAUUGGCAUGUUGGCCUGUACAGCUGCAACUAAAGUUUAUCACUGUUCAGUGGCACUGGCUACAUGCAGCUGAGCUUCGAUCUCCUUUGCCAACCUCUGGGUCUCUGAUUACAAACUGACUCUCAGCCACAAGGUCCCAAAUUAUAGUCCCUAGCUCUGGGGCUUUGUUUAGCAUUGGUAGGGCCCGUUUAGCGAAGAACGCAAAAAGAAAACCCAUACGCUGACGGCCUCGUUACUCACGUCGACCAACCAACCGCUGCUUUGGAUCCAUAUCAGUUGGGCCUCUCCCUGGGUGUGCAUUCACACUCCGUUUUCCGGCUACUUGAACUAAGCAUUGGCAAUAAUGUCUCACUCAUUUUGCUUUUGCUGCCUUAUUUGACCUCUCACUUCUCAUCGUUCUUUUCCAAAGGGACAAAGCUUUGACAAUGCAGAAUGAUGCUCUUGCCUGAAGUUCUUUACCUUCCCCCCCCCUAUGCAAACUAGCCAGGCUAAGUGACCUUUUUGAGCUCAAUCUAAAAUCCCCCAACCCCACCUUUCUUUUACUGCUUCCCUUGGAGGAGAGGCCAGUGCAACUCUUGGCUCCUACUGGACACCUUACCAGCAACUCUAACUCCUUUCGCUCUAACUGUGUAGAAGUUCAUAGAAAACCUUGUGUGCAUCAUCAUGUGUAGGGGACUAAGCGAUUGAUGCUGGAUAUUGUGAAGACCUCGAAGGAUACUUGAAGGAUCAUUAAAGGAUAACACAAUAUUUAUUGUUCUAGUGCACAGUACUGACUGAUAGAAGAACUCUAGACGCUGUAAAGGAACAAUGGAGUCCCCUCAUAGGCCGAUCAUUGGUCCUGCGAAAUGCAGCUAGGUCACCGUGGAAGUUCACCUUUUGUUACCAUAUUGAAAAUUAACAUGUUUGUUUACUGCUCUGCGAAACAGUUGUUUACAAGAAGUGUUUGUUUUUUUUCUGAUAUGAUAGAGCAGAUGUGCUCACUUGAAUGCAGCUUCUUUCUUUUGUGACAUUUGCACCAAGAAUAAUUUUGAGGUCACGUGUGGACGGCGGUACGUAUGUCUGGUUGGAGGUACAGUGGAGAAUUGAAGAAGUGUUGUGCCAGUUGUUGAUAAUUGCUCGGAAUUUGAUCCUAUUUAUUAAGCCUGUCUCUGUAUCGUACACUUUUCCUGCCUUAAACUGAAAGCCAGUGCAUCGGUCCGUUGACAUUCUCCUGUUAUUGUACUUUAGUACUGAAGUUUGUUGCAAAUGGGAUCUACGUGAUCUUAUAAUCGGAGCAGACUAAGAUGAUAAAAACUGUCCAAGUUCAUUUCAGGGCCUAACCCUUAACUGACCUUCAGAAACAAUUGUGAAUGUGGUAUCGGCCCUUGCUCUGAGGUCAGGGAAGCUGUUUUGUAGUCCGGAUUUAGACUGCAGUUGUUCAGGGUUGUCUAUUCCUGAUGAAAUGAUCAAAACAGAUGUCAUAAGAGUGUGUAUCGCUUUGCUGUUGAUGCUACAAUGCCUUCAGAAAUUCGGGCCAUAUUACAGAAACAUCCCAGCUCUGAAAUUGUAUGUUUUGAUAGAGUUUAGGAGAACAGCUGUUGGAGAUUAAGCUUAUCCAAUUAGAGGCAUCCUAACUAGUCAGAAUUUUCUAAAAACUGUCCUUCCAUCUGUUUCAAUGUUAGCUUUUCUGUUAAAAGGAGAAUGUUAUUAUUUUUAUCUGGCCGUGACGUGCAGUAUAAUACUCGUUGCUCGAAUAUGCAAAUGCUUGUUGAGGUUUCAAAUAAGUGCUCAAGUACUUUUGUUUACUUGGAUAGCAGCAAACGAUACCCGAGGUUUGAGAUGUAGAUCUUUCGAAAAUCUUUGCUCAGUGAUAAAGCUGGUUUACUGAAUUUGGCCUAAAGCUAACUUGGUGGUCCAAGUUCUGUUUCGUUGCGAGUGAAAUGAAAUCGGCAGGCAAGCACAAAUCUUGUUCAGGAUUAGCAUUAAUGUGUUGUACUAAAUUGGUAUAGAUUUACGGCCGUUCGUACUGUAUAGGAAUCAGCUAAAUUGUGUAACUAGCCUGCUACCACAGUCAAAACAACAGCCUAACCAAUUAGCAUGUAUUUCUCUUUGUCUAAACACGUCUUGCCAUUUUAAUAUCUUCCACUAACAGCUUGCUUUAGUCUUACAAUGAAAAAGAGGGCUGGGGAGAGUAUGUACUGUUAAAAAAAUGUGAUUUUUCCUGGUUUUAUGAAUAAAAUAAAUAGGCGAACUGGCAGGAAUUCACGAGAGUGUCCUAGAGUUCAGGUAGGGUAUAAUAAAGGGUUAACAAAAGGUGAAACUGCCACAAGGAAGGAAAUAUAAACAUAAAGGAAAACUCAAGGUUUUGAAUUCGUUGCGCCAGUAUUGUUAGCAUAAAUGCUGGUUUCACUUAAACCUUAUGAACCCAAUAAAGGAAUUUCUGGAUACAGCACUUGAAUGUCUGGCAUGGCGGCUACAACCAUUGUAAAUGGAAACUGAAACUGGGAAGCUAUGAUGCUCCGUUAAACAGCAGGAGGCACAAUCACAAUAUUCAUAACGUUUUCAAGCUUCCUGUUCGUUGUGCUGUAGUUCUGCCUUGUUUUUUUUUUUUUGGUGAUGUUUUUGCAUCUCCACACUUUAGGCAUCGCCCAUUCCUCGGUGACAGGUAAUCAGCCUUGAUUGAGUAGUUUGGGGAUAAACUUGAGAUUAGGUGCUGUAAGAUAAGAUACAAGUGCUGCAUUAAGAUUAGAUCGACUUCUACAGAAUACAUUUCUAAAACAUCUUUUUUUUUGACCAUUUCAAGUCUUGAUUUAGGACUAAGGGCAUGUUUCUGUAAUACAGCCCGCAUCUUUUUAAGCUGCGGUCAGAACAAAACCUUGUGUUUUCCAUUUUUGACAUUAAGUUUUUUGACACCGUUUGAAAGUACCUGUUGUCCUUUACAUUCUGAGUAGAUUUCAUGAUGCGUGGACCAACCGAAAUGGGCCAAAAUUACUUGGGGGAAAAUUCUGGUUCCAUUGACUUCCAUUAAAAGUAAAGUAGGUUUUUUCCUUCUCCUGUAAACUUGCUAUUUUGGAGAUACGAGGUUUUGUUCUGACAGCAGCGUUUUGCUCUUAACCAAUCUCGAUUCCAGAAGAAACGAGCCAGAAUGCUUUGCACAGAAUGCUUGGUGUAACCAAAGGGUUUGAAUAUCUGCCAUCCCAUAAAGCUCCACAGCACCACAGUGGCUGUAUUAAUGCGACACUUUCUCUGAAAUAUAAUGCUCAGCAUUGUUCAUUGACAUUGUUGGGAAACAUUGUGCUAGCUGGUCAGAACAAAGCUCCUCUGGCUCUGGCUAGCCAAAUUAGCUCCUGGCUUGAUCUGAGCUGGACUUGUACUUUCGCAGGCUGAGCUGAGAUGGUAGGAUUAAUUGUGCACAUACGGACUGUUUGCCUUGACGUUUGGAAGUACUUGUUGACUAGAAGGUGAUUGAACUUGUAUUAUAAGCACUGUUGUAAUGUUUUCUUCAGGGAUUUUAAAACACACUGGAAAGGGAGUGUGAUGAAGGGAACGGGACCUGACUGGACUGGACUGGACAUACAUGGUUUCACUCAUUCAGUGCACCAAAUGUUGUCUUUUUCUUUUUUACUUCGUUACUUGUUACAGCUCACCAUGCAGUGCUGCAUCUCAUAUAUUCAUAUCAGCGCAUGAUUUUAUUGGUAUUUAUUAUAUUUAUGUUUGUAUUUAUCUUCACUGCGAUUUGACUGUUUCCGGGCCGGAUUCUGGAUCUUCUUCCCGUUCUCUCGCAUCCAAAAGCUCUAUACCCCAGACGACCUCUUAUGCAAGUACAGAGAUUUUGUGUUUCAGUAUUAGUUUCUUCCUCUUGUCUUUUUGUUUUUGUUUGUUUGCCACUGAUGCCAAUAAAGCGAGUUACUUAACAAGUCCAGA